AUGAAGGUUACCAAUAUUGCCCUGAUUGGUGCGAUGCUCGGCAUGGCGCAGGCUAGCCCUAUUGCUACCCGUGCAGCUAUUACUGACGCCGAUAUUCUCAACUAUGCCUUAACGCUGGAGCACCUCGAGGCCACCUUCUAUGAGGAGGGCCUCAACAACUACACCCGGGAUGAUUUCGUGAAUGCUGGCUUCAAAGAUCCGUUCUACGCCAACCUGCAGGAGGUCGCUUUGGACGAGAAGACGCAUGUGGCCUUCCUCACGCAGGCUCUUAGUGCUGCCGGUGCUUCUCCCGUUAAACGUUGCACCUACUCCUUUCCCUCUACCGAUGUGAAGACCUUCCUAGCCCUUGCUAGUGUCCUUGAAGGUGUCGGUGUUAGUGCCUAUCUCGGUGCAGCCGCUUCAAUUGCCAAUAAAGAUUAUCUUACUGCCGCUGGGAGCAUUCUGACCGUUGAGGCCCGCCAUAGCUCUUACCUACGCGCCGAGAUCGGUGAAGUUCCCUUCCCCCAACCUUUCGACGACCCUCUUGACUUCGACGAGGUGUACACCCUUGCGUCGCCCUUCAUUACCUCGUGCCCCUCCAGUAACGGAAAGCUCCCAGUGAAGGCAUUCCCUUCGCUGACAUUGAUCUCAACCCACCCUGUCGUUAGCGGCUCUAAAGUCCGCCUAGUGGCUGGCAGCGGCUUCGACGAUUCCAACCCGAGCAACCUAUACGCUGCAUUCAUUACUGUUACUGGUCCUAUAUGGACUCCCCUCAGAUUCACGGGUGAUAAAUCGUUCAUUGUUACUAUCCCCAAGGGUAUUGCGGGCCAGAGUUACGUGGUCAUCACCAAAGGCAAGAGUCAGGUAACCGACGAUAACAUUGUUGCUGGCCCCGCCAUUAUCGAGGUAAUUUAG